AUGAAUGCUAAAUUACCUGUGUUGGGUUCUGACCCAAGCUCUUCCAAGAUGGGAGGUUCUGGACAAUGGGUUGUCAAAGCCAAAACUAAUAUUAUUACAAACGGGAAGAUAGGGGAUGGGAAUUUACCUAUUCCAAUAUCUACUAAGGGUAAGGAGGUUAUUGAAGAGGAGCCAGUGGAUGUUUCCAAUACCCAUAAGGAAUUGACUAUUACAAAAUCUGCUAUCGGGGAGGAGCCAGUUCUAUUGGAUGUUUCCAAUAUCCCUUCCACCUCCAAUGCCGUCCAGGAAGUGACUAUUACAAAAUCUGCUUUUGUGGAGAAGCUAGAGCCAGUUUUAUUGGAGGUUUCCAAUAUCCCUUACACAUCCAAUGAUAAGGAGUACUCUGAUGAUUCAGAGGUCAAAGAAGUUUUUACUGAAGCAAUGCCUGUUCAUAUCUCGGGUGACUCCUCAGAUUUUGUAACACCUGGUCAAAAUAGUACUGUGCUAGAAGGAAUUCCAGCUUCUGUAGUUCUCCAAAUGGAAAAAGCUAAGGAUGAUUAUAACCUGAUGCAGAUCCAGAAAAUUGCAGGUUAUGACCCUGUUUUAUUUGCAAAGGGAUAUUCAUCAGAUGGGGAUGGGGGUUUUGUUGAAAACAAACAAAAAUGGAAAGAUGGCCAACAACGACUUAACAAGAAGGUGAAUAUGCUUCUUUCAAAAGUUCAGCAACACUCAGAUGCAGACCUCUUGGCUAUCCUGGCAGAAAAUUCAAAACUUGUGUUAGAUGGUUUUAUCACAGUAGCUAGAAAGAAAAAGAAACAACCUGCUCAGGUUGCCCCAGUCACUCCUAGAAUUACUAGGAAUGCAGCUAAAAGGCUGGCUCAGGCUUUUUCAGCCCUCCCAUGAUGAAUUGCAUUAUUUGGAAUGUUCGUGGUCUUGUUUCUUCCUGUCCAAGACUACGAGAUUUAAUUAGACAGUGGAGCAUUAGUUUAUUAGUUGUUGUUGAACCUAUUAUUUCUUCUUCUAAUAUUAAUGAUUUAGCUUUGAAGUUGGGGUUGCACUCAAGUUUUUGUUGUAAUGAAAACAAAAUUUGGAUAUUUUGGGAUAAGUCCAAACUGGAUGUUACUGAUGUUACUACAGAUUCUCAAUACAGUCAUAUGAGACUUCUUAUUGGCACUCAAAGAAUUUGGUUCACUGCCAUUUAUGGUAGUCAUAACUACAUUGUGAGGAGAAACCUUUGGAAUUUUCUGGAAUGCUGGGCUGAGGCUAAUAAAUCCCCUUGGUUUGUGGGAGGGGAUUUUAAUGCCAUUGCAAAUCAGGGGGAACAUAAAGGGCAAUCUAUUCCUACUCUGGGUGGUAUGAAUGAAUUCAAAGACUGCUUGGCUAAUUGUGACUUGAUUGAUUUGCCAUUUCAUGGAACAACUUUUACCUGGACUGGAGUUAGGUCAAAUGGAAGGGUCUGGAGGAGGCUUGAUAGAAUUCUGUUUAAUUCUUCUUUCUUGGGACUUUAUGACAACAUUCAGAUCCAACAUCUCAACAAAUCUUCAUCAGACCACUCUCCAAUGCUGUUACAAUGCAAAAAUCAGUUAGUAAUUGGACCAAAGGCUUUUAAAUUUCAGAAUAUGUGGCUCUCUCAUCCUAACUUUAUGCAUGUGGUGGAUGGGGCCUGGAAGAAUGUUCCUACCUCUGGAGGAAUGAGGGGUCUCUAUAAUAAACUCCAAUAUCUAAAGCAGACUCUUAAGGCUUGGAACAAAAAUACCUUUGGUGACAUUUUCCAAGAUAUUAAGAGACUGGAAGAGGAAGUUACUACAGCAGAGAGCUUAUUUGAAGCUAAUCCCAGUGAAGCUAAUAGGGAUGAUUGGUCAUUCAAACAAGCUUUAUUACUCAAUAAACACAAGCAUGAGAAUGAAUUCUGGAGACAGAGAGCUAAACUUAAAUGGUUAAAGGAGGGAGAUUCCAAUACCAAGUUCUUCCAUGAUUAUGUGAAGAUUAAAAAUAGAAUGCAAGCUAUCACUGUCAUCAAAGAUUCUGAUGGGAAUAUUUGCAGAGAACCUGAUGCUAUUGCCAAGGCAGCUGAGAGGUAUUUUCAGGAUAUAUUUGCAGAAGAAGAGGUACAAGAGGUGGAUUCCAUUUUGCAUUUCAUUCCUGCUUUAGUAAACAAAGAAGAUAAUCAAAUGCUGAUGCUUUUACCAACCUCAGAGGAAGUUAAGGAGGCUGUGUGGGGUUUAGAUAAGGACAGCACAGCUGGUCCUGAUGGUUAUAAUGGGGUAUUUUUCAGGCAAUGUUGGACUACUGUUGGGGUAGAUGUGGUGCUUGCUGUGCAAGACUUUUUCCAAGGUAAUCUGAUUCCUAAAGCUAUGGGAAGCAGCCUAAUAGCUCUCAUCCCAAAAAGAGAUAAAAUCUCAACUUUUUCAGACUUCAGACCUAUCAGUCUCUCUAACUUUAUAAGUAAAGUGUGUACUAAGCUCUUGGCUACUAGGCUUACAUUUAUUCUGCCAAAAUUAAUUUCCCCAGAACAGGCUGGAUUUAUGAAGGGGAGAGAUAUCUCAGAUCAUGUCUUGGUUGCACAGGAAAUGAUUAACUCUAUUGAUAGGAAGGUCAGGGGAACUAAUGUUAUUGUUAAGCUGGAUAUGGCAAAGGCCUUUGAUAGGUUAUCAUGGGUUUUUCUUGAGGCAGUUCUAUUAAAAUUUGGUUUUUCAAAGGGAUUUGUUAAUCUGGUGAUGAAACACCUCCAGGCUACCCAUUUUUCUGUGCUUAUAAAUGGAUGCCCAAAAGGGUACUUUCAGCCUCAUAGAGGGGUUAAGCAAGGGGAUCCUCUCUCACCCUACCUUUUUAUUCUAGCUACUGAGGCUCUUUCUAGAGGUCUGAAAGACUUAGUGACAACUAAAAAGAUUAAACCUUACUGGAUUGGGCCAAAUGGAAUUGCAGUCACUCAUUUAUGUUAUGCUGAUGACAUCUUAAUCUUUUUGAAUGGAGAAGCUAGAUCAAUACACAAUUUUAAUAAAUUUUUGGAGUUAUAUCAAAGGGCAUCAGGUCAGGCUGUCAAUUUUGAUAAAAGUAACUUUUGUUGUGGGAAAACUUCCCUUGCAAGAAUAAGAAAUAUGGAGAGGCUUCUGGGUAUGACUAAGAUCAGUUUGCCUAUGAAAUAUCUUGGUUCAAACCUGCAUAAAGGCAUAAACAGGAAGAACUAUUGUCAGGAUAUUCUUCAAGCAUUUGAUAAGAAACUUACAACCUGGAAACAAAAACACCUUAACUUUGGGGGCAGAAUGGUGUUGAUAAAGCAUGUUCUUAACUCCAUUCCUCUUCACUUAUUGGCAGUAGACACUCUUCCCAAGACUAUUAGUAAGAGCCUGGAAAGAAGAAUGUCUCAUUUCUUAUGGGGAUCUAAUGCUAAUAAGAAUAAAUUUCAUUGGAAAAGGUGGAAGGACCUCUGCUUACCUUAUGAGGAGGGUGGGUUGGGAUUUAGAUCCCUAAAGGAUACUGAAAAGGCUUAUUCUUUAAAAUUGUGGUGGAAAUGGAAGGUUAAUAAAUCUGGAUGGGCACAGUUUUGUCAUGCUAGAUAUCCUAGGGGAUCUGACAUGAACCCAAAACCUACAGAUUCUGCUAUUUGGAAGAGGAUUUGUCAAAUAAAUAGUGUGGGCCUUACAUUGUGUAAUCAGGAUGAUUAUGGGGAAUUCAUUUGGUCUCCUGCAGCUAAUGGGGAAUUCAGUUUGUCUUCUGCGUUCCAUGAGGUUAGAAGAUCCAAAAAUGCUGCUUUUUCAUUUACCCAUGCCU